AAAGUUACACAAUUCUUAUUGAUGAUAUCAACAUAAGCAUGGACUUCCAAAACGUGAAUUCCUUAAAUGUUAAGCUAAACUUGCUUUCGGGCAAUCUGUUACCAAUCAGUAACGAUUCGCCUUUUCCAUUCUUCUGGAAGAUAUAUAGUGCUUUUACAUGGCUACUUCAAAUUAUUCUAGGAAUCGUGCUAAUACUUGGAUGUAUCUCGAAUGUGUCACUGGAAAAGAUUAUAAGUGACACUAUAAUCACCUUUGUAGUUUUAAUAGAAGUAUUGUUUAUGAUCAUGCGAAUUUAUAUUCAUAAGGACUUGAUAUAUCUGUUAAUUCAAAAACUGAAUCAGAUUCUAUAUACUGCCGAUGAAACUAUGAAGAAUAUUGUGACGGUAACUUUGGAGCCGAUAAAGGUUCCAUUAAAUAUUUAUUGGGUCACCGGCGCAAUGUCAACUUUUACUUGGAGUUGUAUGCCAUUACUGCUGAUCUUCGAGAGGAAUCAGUUCUAUUACGAAGACUACAGAGCACCUGUUGUUUUUUCCAAACAAUCAUUUUCAUUGAGCAUCUUUUUACUAGGAAGUUUAUUCCUAACUAUCAGCAUGACAAAUAUGUUCUUAAAGAAAGCCAGUGUAGAUGUGUACAUGAUGCAUCUGGUUUUGAUGAUAACCGCCCAAUAUCGAUACUUUGCGCUGAAAAUAGCGAUAAUAUUUCAAGAAGAAAAUAAAGGUGACGAUUUUCAAGAAAAAUAUAGGUUAAAUCGAAAAAAAGAAGAGGAAAUAAAAGUACUAUGUCGACAUCACAACGACAUGAUAUAUAUAUCGUCUUUGUUAAAACAAUUGCUGUCUUUAAACUUUAGUUUAUUUUAUUUAACUAGUAUCUUUAGAUUCUGCUUUAUUGGUAUUAUGGCGAGCAACAUAGCAGCAGUAACAACGUUCUGGGAAGCGAUUUCGAUUGUUAUGUAUACGACAGGUGCGAUAAUGCAACUUUAUAUUACGUGCUCCUGUGUGCAACAAUUAUUAGAUGCGAGUACGGAAGUAACGGAUAAAGCUUUUCACGAAAAGUGGUAUUUACUUCAACCAUCGACAAAAUGUAUAUUUAUGUUGAUAAUUAUGGCUAACAGUUUAGAAUGUAAAAUUGCGGCUUUUGAAAAUUUCAAUCUUUCCUUGUCCUCGUUUAUGAAGAUUUUAAAUCAGUCGUACUCGAUCGCUCUUCUGUUUUUAAGAAUGAAUUAAAAAGUGACGGAAACGUUCUACUUACAGUAGUUAUAAUUGUUACUUCCAAACUAAUAACAAAAAUUAAUAAUCUUGUGAAUUUAUUUUGGUUUGGUAAAGUUGACUCAGAUCAACAAAAAAAUAUCUGAAAAUUGUGACUAGGGUAAGUUAGGGUAUGAUGACCAUACGGGAAAGAUGGCCAAUGGCUAUAAUUUCUUUAAUAAUUGCUAAACAAUGUGUUCUCAUAAUUAUUUUCAAAGAUAAUCUAUAUUUACUCUAAUUUAUGUGCGUAUACUAUUCGAAAUAAUGAUAUUGUGGAUGUUACAUCACGUUUUUAUUUUUGACUGCCUGCGAAGUUUUUCACGUGUUUAUUAGAAAUUGCCACAAUGUCGAAUAAAUUACAGUUGUGCUGUUGCAAUGAACGUUACCCACGUAACAAAAAUAUGUAAAUUGUAAUGUGUAAUUAUAUUUUUUAUUUUCUUUUCUAUUUUUUAAAUAAAUACUAUGAUUAUCUUUCUCUCGCAGUUUGGGCAAGACAGCCCAUGACAUUUCGGGGUAAGUGUUUAUAUAUAUAUUUUAUUAAAAAAGAUGCGAAUUAAGUUAUGCACCUAAUAUUUUAAUUUCACAUAUGUUUUUUUUUUUAGUAAUGACAAUGAAUUAAAUUGGUCCUAACUUGUGUGAACAUUUAAUAUGAAAAAUGUUUAAAAACAAAAUUAAAUAUGUGAUAAUAUGUGGCAAUAAAACUAAAUAUGUAAAAUUAUAAGUUUUUCUAUUAUUCUUUAAAUGUUAAGUACAUAAAAAAUGUAUAGCCAACUGUUCUAUAAUACUGUGGCCAUCUUUUCCAUAAAAGUUGUGAAAAAUGGCCAAUGUUCAUAUUUCAAUAUUUUGAUAAUAAAAAAUUUUUAUUAAGUAUUUUCUCUUUAAUGUCGAUAGUUUUACAUACUUAAAGCUUCAGUGAAGUAAUAUAC